AUGCAGGAUCAGAGAUUGCCGUCCAAAGGAAAGGCCCGGGACGAUACGCAUUGGCAGCUCGGCUGGUGGGAUAUACCUCACUCCCUUGAGGGCACACGCAGACCUCUUGUAUGGUCCAAGUCGUCCAUAAUCUUCACCGUCCACCCGACCGACCCUCUGAUUCUCGCGCAUCACUUUCCUUCAUCUCAAAGACAAUUUGUCUUGCCAUCUCCCACACCCGUCCAGGCUUCUCCCGCUUCUUACGAGCCCCCACCUAUUGUGUCUGUUUCGCCCGCGGAUGACUGGCUUUUUGCAUACUAUCCCGGACGAGACGUUGAUGGCAUUGGAUGCUUGUGGCAUAGAGAGGCAGAACUUGCAAGUUGGAGGGUUCAGGAAUGGUGGAGUUUUGCUCCUGGAACUAGUCCUGUGGUCGUGGAUUGGACAUCCUCGCAAAGAGAGUGGGUCGCCUUGGAUUCAAAUGCUUUCGUGCGUCUGCCGCCACGCGGCCCGAUGAUUCCUCCUGCCAGUGCAAUUCUCCUUCUGGUCACUCAAGACCACCAUGUCAAUAUAUGCCAAUUACCUCCACAUGUACCGUCUUUGAAGAUAUUGCGAGCCCCCUUGCUGCAAGCAAGCAAGACGACAGAAAGCGAACCGCCUGCGCUGGACGAUUCUGCCACAGGGCUCGGGGGCAGAAGCGUGUGCGUGAAGGCUGCUAUUUGUAUGAGCUACAAUGAGUCGUCUGUCCUAGUGGCCAUGCGCUCGCGCAUCCUUCCUUCGCAGGAUGCCAAUCAUGAACCGUAUCCGUCCAUGGAUCUAGAUCUGCCUCUCAACAUGUCCCAGCUCGGAUCAAUAUCAGAAGGGCCCUUCUCGCCAGAGUGGGACUCCUGGGGUGAUGAGUCCAUCAUCCACCUCUGUGAAGUGAAUCUUGUCAUGAAAGCCAAUGUAACGGGAGUGAUCACACGACCUAUUCGUCCCAUUUCUGGUGUCAGUCAGAAUAUCGCCGAUCUCACAUUUAUUUCUCUUCCCAUGAUUGGGUCUUCUCCUCCCAGUCAUCCUGAGACGAGCAAUAUAAGUCUGAAAGCUGGCAAGACUGGGCCGUUCUUGGUAGUGAGUAUACUUGAUUUUGGCGAUUAUUCUUCAGUACCAAAAUCUCGACUGGCGCUGUUUUCGUUUGCAAGAAAAGAGUCUCCACUGACCAGCAGUGGCAGUUCGACAUGGUAUGCAGAACAGAAAGGCGAUCGACCGUUUGUCGACAAGGUUCUUGCGUUUGUGCACCCAUCGCCAUCAAGGCAUGGAUUGCUCGUGGGACUCUUAGAUUUGAAUGGAGUAGCACAGCCCAGAAAGCGUACGACGGUGGGGGUUUCUAUGGGUCAGAUCCUAGUUUUGAAGUUGCCUGAUUUGUUGCCUGACGAUAAUUGGGAGGAAGUUCCAAUCAUCUGCAAUGUUUCAGGUGCAAGCCGUGAAGUUCCUGCUGGAUUGUCGUAUUCGCCAAACUUACGCCUACUAUGCAGCAUUCCGUCGUUUGCGCUGAUGACUUCUCACGUGUCGAUCCAUUCCCUACCACAGCCUUUUCACUCAAAUUCAUCUUCCCGGACGGUUGUGCAAGCCGUCAACGUCAAAGAUCUCUCAUGUUGCAUGACUGCUGCUCUUCUGUCAAGAAAUUCACCUUCCGAUGUUAUACACGUAUUGACUAAACAUGAUACUUCUAUUGACAUAGUUGUAGAGGUGCUGCAAUGUGUUUUGUCGCUUCUUAACGCUCAUCGACCAUCCGAACAUUGGAACGAGGAAGUGAUUGGUAUUGCUUCUGAGAUAUAUCUGUUGAAAUCUCGACGCGACGUCAGCGACGCAGACCGAGAAAAUCUCAUAGCGCGUUGGAAGGUAGCUCAUGACAUCUGUUCGUUCUCGGCAUGCUGUAGCGCGUUCGAAGCAUGUCAGAUAGUCAAAGGGUAUGAUCUUGAUGCCGUUUGGCGACUUGUCGGCAUGUCCAGCUGGUUCGUUGAAUUCAUGGAGGAUCUUUUAAAGGAGUGUGUCCUCUUUGGCCACGAGCCUAUUGUGUCAACAGCAACCGCAUCUCCGCUCUUUAUGCAUUUAGUCCAUCCUUACGCCCUCCAAAAAGUGCUGUCUCUACUAGCACAUGUCAAACGGUUCCGCGAUUUUAUUGCUGUUACCCCAGCGAAAGGUGAAAAUGCGCAGAUAGCGAAAGAUGUUCUCCUGGAUGUCUUCAGCUGUUCUGGAGUACAUCUGAGUCAGCUGAAUCAUGCCCUCGAUGAGGUUAUGCAGGAUCUCAGAUCUCUGGAAGGUAAGAGUCGUGAAGUUGUCCUGUAG